AUGCUCGCAAGCCCUGAAGGCGGCAAAAAAACAGUUGAGCACGCACAACGAACCGCGGCCGUCGAGGCCAGUCUGCAGUCCAGUCCAGCCAGAGAUUGCUCCAGGUCCUCCCACACUGCCAUGCUGGCCCGAUUGAGGCUCCUGGGCUCAUGCGAGGCGCUGUCAGGCGGCGCAUUCGCACAUCACGAUGAUGCCAAGGCAUCACGCAUCGUGAGGUUUCCUUUCAGCGCCAUUGGCAGGACUCAAGCAAAUCGCAGCGCGGCACGGCACAGCACAGCACGCAGCCCCAAAAGCAUGCUGCAUGGCAUAGCAUGGCAUGGCACUUGGCCUCCCUACCUGCAAUGGCCGUCUGUAGCCAGCGCUCUCAGAAAAUACGAGUAUAUCAUGCAUUCAUCUUGCGAGCAGCCCUGGCUAGCACUGUUCCUUUCAUCUGGCGGCCGCAAAUCCCUCCCCAUCGCGAGGUCGCCAGAUUCCCGCCGCCGGGUCUUCGCCUCGCGCGAGGCUGCACACGCGCACCCCCUGCGAAAGAAAAAUAGCGACGAGAGACGAACGAUGGCAAGGUCAGUUACCAAGAGAGGCAUCAUCCUGCUGAGUCUGCUGAGCGAGAGGCGAUCUACAUAUGGCGUUUGUUUUAGCGCUACUAGUACCCUGGAAAUCACCCAUGAUUCACUGCAACAUGUUGCUAACCUCGUCGCCGUGCUGUCUUUAUCAGCGUUUAUCUGGGUAUCUACGGAGCUGCUCCUACAGGUCCGCUACGCCCAGCGAUUAACCCCGGAGAGGCCUCUGCCGGAAACCACUCCACCCCCUCAACUGGCGUCAGGGCCAAGGAUUGAGAUUAUCCCUGCAGACGCAGUCACUACGUACUGCCAAGCUAUCUUGCAAGAUCUCAUCCUUGCCACCAGCUAG